UUUUAGUCAGGCAGUGAGUUGGGCGCCUGGCCUGCCAGGCUCGGAAAAGAAAAGUCCUCUCCGCGGUCGCGGCGGCUAGAAGCGCUCUCUGCUUUCGUCCUCUCCUGCAAGAUGGUUGCUUCCCGGGCCAUUGGCAGCCUCAGCCGCUUCACUGCCUUCAGGAUCCUCCGCUCCCGAGGUUGCAUUUGUCGCAACUUUACAGCGUCUUCUGCUUUGCUAACCAGAACCCAUGUUAACUAUGGAAUCAAAGGGGAUGUGGCAGUUAUUCGAAUUAACUCACCCAAUUCAAAGGUAAAUACAUUGAACAAAGAAGUACAAUCAGAAUUCCAAGAAGUGAUGAAUGAGAUCUGGAGUAAUGACCAAAUCAGAAGUGCUGUCCUCAUGUCAUCAAAGCCAGGCUGCUUUGUUGCAGGUGCUGACAUUAACAUGUUAGCCUCUUGUAAGACCCCUCAGGAAGCAACACGGAUAUCACAGGAGGGACAGAGAAUGUUUGAGAGACUUGAAAAGUCCUCAAAACCUAUCGUGGCUGCCAUCAGUGGAUCCUGCUUGGGAGGAGGACUUGAGCUUGCCAUUGCAUGCCAGUACAGAGUAGCAACAAAGGACAGAAAAACAGUAUUAGGUGUUCCUGAAGUCUUGUUGGGCAUCUUACCAGGAGCAGGAGGAACUCAAAGGCUCCCCAAAAUGGUGAUUUUCCAACAAGAAUACAGACCAUACAAGACAUACCCUAGAGAAGUAGAAGACAGACUAAAAGGGUUUAAGAGACCAGGAAUAAAACCUCCAGAGGACCGGACAAUUGAAUACCUAGAAGAAAUUGCGGUUACUUUUGCCAAAGGACUAGCUGAUAAAAAGAUCUCUACAAAGAGAAACAAGGGAUUAAUAGAAAAAUUGACGUCGUAUGCCAUGAGUAUUCCAUUUGUCAGACAACAGAUUUACAAAACAGUAGAAGAAAAAGUACGGAAGCAAACCAAAGGCCUCUAUCCAGCACCUCUGAAAAUUAUUGAUGCAGUGAAGACUGGACUCGAACAAGGGAAUGAUGCUGGUUAUCUUGCUGAAUCACAGAACUUUGGAGAGCUAGCACUAACGAAGGAAUCAAAGGCCUUGGUAGGACUUUAUAAUGGCCAAGUCCUGUGUAAGAAGAAUAAGUUUGGAGUUCCACAGAAGGAUGUUAAGCAUCUAGCUGUUCUUGGUGCAGGACUGAUGGGAGCUGGCAUUGCUCAAGUCUCUGUGGACAAGGGGAUGAAGACUCUACUUAAAGAUGCUACAGUGGCCGGGCUGGGCCGUGGGCAGCAACAGGUGUUCAAAGGAUUGAAUGACAAAGUGAAGAAGAAAGCGCUCACCUCCUUUGAAAGGGAUUCUAUCUUCAGCAACUUGAUUGGGCAGCUUGAUUACCAGGGUUUUGAAAAGGCGGACAUGGUGAUUGAAGCUGUUUUUGAAGACCUUAGUGUUAAGCACAAAGUGCUGAAGGAAGUAGAAGCGGUGGUUCCUGAGCACUGUAUCUUUGCCAGCAACACAUCUGCUCUCCCGAUCAAUCAAAUUGCUGCUGUCAGCAAAAGGCCAGAGAAGGUGAUUGGCAUGCACUACUUCUCUCCUGUGGACAAGAUGCAGCUGCUGGAAAUCAUCACAACAGACAAAACUUCCAAGGACACGACUGCUUCCGCCGUGGCCGUUGGCCUCAGGCAGGGGAAAGUCAUCAUUGUGGUUAAGGAUGGACCUGGCUUCUACACCACCAGGUGUCUCGCACCCAUGAUGUCUGAAGUCAUACGAAUCCUCCAGGAAGGAGUUGACCCUAAGAAGCUGGAUUCCCUGACCACAGGCUUCGGCUUUCCUGUGGGUGCUGCCACGCUAGCAGAUGAAGUAGGUGUGGAUGUGGCACAACACGUGGCUGAAGACUUAGGAAAAGCAUUUGGGGAGCGGUUUGGAGGUGGAAACGUAGAACUGCUGAAACAGAUGGUGGUCAAAGGCUUCCUGGGUCGCAAGUCUGGGAAGGGCUUUUACAUCUAUCAGGAGGGCUCAAAGAACAAGAGUUUGAAUUCUGACAUGGACAGUAUUUUCGCAAGUCUGAAAUUGCCUGCUAAGCCUGAAGUCUCCUCUGAUGAAGAUAUCCAGUACCGAGUGGUGACAAGAUUUGUGAAUGAGGCAGUCUUGUGCCUGCAGGAAGGGAUUUUGGCCACACCUGCAGAGGGUGACAUUGGAGCCGUCUUUGGGCUGGGCUUCCCGCCUUGUCUCGGAGGGCCCUUCCGCUUUGUGGAUCUGCAUGGUGCUCAGAAAGUGGUGGACCGGCUCCGGAAGUAUGAAGCUGUCUACGGCAAGCAGUUCACCCCGUGCCAGCUGCUCCUUGACCAUGCUAGCAGCUCUAGCAAGUUCUACCAGUGACGGCCCCCCUCCCACACACGUGCCCCAUCCACGCACUAACUGCUGCAGUGCUGCUUUUCCCACGGUGCUGUCUGCAAGAAACAGAGGAAGACCAGCUCCAGCCUGGGCUUGCUCCUUGACUAAGUGCCUUCUGCUCAGGCCACCUCUCCCUCUUGGGGAAGCGUGACUGAAUUAGUGUCCAUUGCAUAUUGGAAGACGGAACCCCCUGUGCUCCUUUUAUAAACCUCAAGGCCCAAGGCAGCAGCUAAGCCCACUAGAACCAUCUUUGCUUCCUCUUGCCCCCAGGAGGCCAGCGGUGGCAGAGAUGGCAAGGGCAUUUCUGCACCCAGCCAAACAGGAUAAUAAUAAAAACCACACUAUCAGCCUG